GAUGUCACUGUUGCUACUGCCAGCGGCGAUGAAUCGGCCCAUAUUUGGAAAGUCACAAUAGGAUCACAGACAGUCUUAAGCUCAGACGAUGAUGAUGAGGACAAAGCAGCUGACAGUGGCCCUUGUGAAAGCGAAACGACUCAGCAGCAGUCAUCUGAAGGGAUCCGGAUCAAAAGCCCACUGAUGCGUUUGACUGGACACACUGGUGUUGUGAUCGGAUGCGACUGGCUUGCAGGUGGUAGUCAGCUAUGUACAGCGAGUUGGGAUCGCACAGCUAAUAUAUACGAUGUUGAACGAGGGGAAGUGCUGAAUAUUCUGAGUGGACAUGAGAUGGAAUUGAAUCACUGCUCAGCUCAUCCCAGUCAGAAACUUGUCGUAACAUCAUCAAAGGACUCUACCUUUCGAUUAUGGGAUUUUCGUGAGACUAUACAAUCGGUCGCUGUUUUCCAAGGCCAUCAAGAGUCUGUCAGUUCUGUGGCAUUUUCAUCCGGUGAUAGGAUAGUGUCUGGCAGCGACGAUAGAACAGUUAAAGUCUGGGAUCUGCGAAACAUGCGUAGUGCAAUUUCAACGAUAAGAUUGUCAUCUGCAGCUAAUCGCCUUUCUGUGAGCCGAUCCCAUGGCGUCGUAGCAAUACCUCUUGAUAAUCGUCAUGUUCGCAUAUAUGAUCUCGCUGGCAACCGUCUGCCAAGAGUGCCAAACAGAAGGUGUCAUUCGCGAAUGGUUUCGUGUGCAGCUUGGGCAGACGAUCAUCCGCAAGUCAAUCUCCUCACUUGCGGAUUUGAUCGCGGGGUGGCUGGAUGGAAAGUAACGCUGGCAAAGGAAUGA